AUGGGUCGCCUCCAGGUGCAGGUGCUGUGGUGUCUUCAUCUGAUGCUCUCAAACUGGACUCUGGCUGCACCCAACUCCUUCUACCAAAAAUACCUCCAUGGCAAGAACCAAGACAAUCAAUACAAUCGUGUGAACCUCAAAGUGGAAUCUGCGUCAUCCGUGUUUGCACUCCGGGGGGGAAACGCCACUCUGCCAUGCAGGUUUUGGUACGAGCCGGAGUUGAACUCUCCCAGGGAGGUCCGAAUUAAGUGGUCCUGGUUUCCUGUUGGUGGCGGGCCCCAGACUGAUGUGCUGGUAGCUGUGGGGUCCCAUAGCCGAACUUUUGGAGAAUUCAGAGGACGUGUGCAGCUCAGCCAGAACUUUCCAGAAGAUGCUACACUUGUGCUGACUGAACUCCAACUGAACGAUACGGGCCGGUAUGUCUGUGAAGUGGUGGAUGGACUGGAGGACCAGAGAACUACAGUGGACCUUGAGCUGAGAGGUGUGGUGUUUCCAUACCGGCAUCCUCUUGGGCGUUACUCCCUCAACUUCCUGGAUGCUCAGCGGGCAUGUGAGCAGCAGGACGCCACCCUGGCCACAUUCGCCCAGCUCUACCAGUCCUGGGAAGACGGUUUGAACUGGUGCAACGCGGGCUGGCUGGCCGACAGGACAGUCCAGUACCCCAUCACCCAGCCCAGAGCACCUUGCGGAGGCCCUGGACUUGCCCCAGGCAUCCGGAGUUACGGCAAGCGCCUGUUGCGCCUUCAUCGCUAUGAUGCCUUCUGCUUUUCCUCUUCCUUGCGAGGGCAAGUGUACUAUUUGCAGCCUUCUAACAAGGUGAACCUGACCGAAGCUCGGCGAGCCUGUGAGGACGACAAAGCACAGAUGGCUAAAGUCGGCCAGCUCUAUGCUGCAUGGAAAUUGACGGGCUUAGAUCACUGCAAUGCCGGCUGGUUGGCUGAUGGAAGUGUUCGAUAUCCCAUCACAAGGCCAAGAAGAAACUGCGGCCCUUCAGAGCCGGGGGUUCGCAGCUUUGGCUUCCCUCCUCCCCAGGACAAGCAUGGAGUCUACUGCUACAAAGCACAGGAGUGAUGGAUGUACAGUAGAGAUUAUAUCUAAGCAAGGGUGUCCAGACUUUUACCAGCAAGGGCCACAAAAAAGAAAGGAUACAACUUUGCCACUUUGAUAUUUUGUAAAGCAACACAUGUAGAUA